AUGCAGAAUAAUGAUAGCAAACAACAAACAAUAUUAAAUGCACGUCGUUUAAAAAAAGUUGGUCGAUUUAAAUAUGAUAUGCUUGAAUUAAGUAUAGCUGCUGGUGAAGAAAAAAUUCGAAACUAUGAUAAAAAAAUAAAGAAAGAAAAACUAAAACUAAUGAGUGUUACUGAUAAAUUAAAAAAUAAUAAUUCAACAUCUGAAAAUUUUCAACAAUUAAUGUUAGCAAUGGAAGCACGUGAAAAACAUAUGAUGGAAAGAGCUGAUUAUAUUACACAACAAAAAUUACAUUCUUUUUUCGACGAAGCUCCGGCACCACAACAAGAUAUAAUGAACAACGAUGGUGUCGGAGCAAAUCAAAAUUAG